CAUGUUCUUGUAGACAAUGGCAAAUAUCUGGCAUUCCUUGCAAACAUGCUAUUGCAUUCAUUACCUCACUUAAUGUGCCUCUAGAGAACCAUGUGGACAUGUAUUACUCAGUUGAAAAAUUUAGAUUAGCUUAUGCUCAACUAAUCCCAGCUAUGGAGGACAAGUCACAGUGGCCUCAAUCUUGCCAUGGGUUUUUCAUGCAUCCACCUUUGUUAAAGGCCACAGCUGGUAGGAGAAAGACAGAAAGAUACAAAGGUUGUACGGAGAAGACAAAGAAAGGACAGCACAAAUGUCCUAUCUGUAAAGAUUAUGGGCAUCACUGGCCAAGUUGCAAGAAGGGCAACCCAGAGGAUAUUGCAGCACUGCUGGCUGUUAGAGGACCACCAAAGAAGAAGAGAAAGACUACCAAGGUAUCAACUGAGGAAAGUAUAGUACUUUUUUAUGGUGAAGCACCAGCAUCCUCUAUGACUUUUCCACCAAGCCAAAGUGUGCAACCUACAACUAAGAAGAAAAUUAGAAAAGGCACAUUAGAUUCUGGAGACUCAAUCAGAUCCAAGUCAGCAGGUAGUGCAGGUAGUACAGACCAGCCUGAGCCCAUUAGCUCUGAGUUUCCCAUGGCUAGGGAAAAUCCACUUGUUGCAGCCAAAGAAAAAGGAAACAAGCUAGCUAACAAGGCUAAAGAAAAGGGAAAGCUCAUGAAGCCCAAAGCCAAGAAGCAAACUGAAGACAAAGGAAAGAAGAACGAUGUGUCAUUUGAAAGCCCUGCAAUGGCCACAAGAAGCAAAAAAAUUGAUUCUUGCAGCCCUGCAAUGAGCACAAGAAGCAAAAGACAGCUCAAUUUGUGAUUUACCAU